GUGACAGCGAUCCAGAACGAGGAACUGAAGAGCUGUUGGCAGCAGUACCGGAGACAUGUGUGGCAUCUUUGCGUAUCUGAAUUAUCAUGUGCCUCACACUCGCCGUGAGAUCCUUGAAGUCCUUAUCAAAGGUCUGCGGCGCCUGGAGUACCGUGGCUAUGACUCCGCAGGUGUUGGUAUUGACGGGGGAAACAGUAAGGAUUGGGAAAGUAACUCCAAGACCAUCCACCUGAUCAAACAAACUGGAAAAGUUCAGGCCCUGGAUGAAGAGAUCCAGAGGCAGCAGGAUAUCAAUCUUGAUGUGGAGUUUGACGUGCACCUGGGAAUCGCUCACACUCGGUGGGCCACUCAUGGCGUCCCCAGCCCUGUCAACAGCCAUCCACAGAGAUCUGACAAGACUAACGAGUUUAUUGUCAUUCAUAAUGGAAUCAUCACCAACUACAAGGACCUGAAGAAGUUUCUGGAGAGCAAAAAUUACGAGUUUGAGUCUGAAACGGACACAGAGACCAUCGCUAAGCUGGUGAAGUACAUGUAUGAUAACAGGGAGAGCAAUGACAUCACAUUCGCCACACUCGUGGAACAAGUCACCCAGCAACUGGAAGGAGCUUUUGCUUUGGUCUUCAAAAGUGUACACUUUCCGGGACAGGCAGUGGGCAGCAGGAGAGGAGGUCCAUUACUGAUCGGAGUUAGAAGUGACCACAGGCUCUCCACAGAUCACAUCCCAAUCCUGUAUCGCUCCUCUGGUAAAGAUAAAAAGACCUGCAAUACUCUGCCCAGGAUGGACGAGGACACGUGUCUGUUUCCUGUGGAUGAGAAAGCAGUCGAGUACUACUUUGCAUCCGACGCCAGUGCUGUGAUCGAGCACACCAAUCGUGUUAUCUUCCUGGAGGACGAUGAUAUCGCAGCUGUGAGCGACGGCCGUCUCUCUAUCCAUCGAAUCAAGCGCACAGCGGGAGACCACCCAGCCCGCGCCAUCCAGACCCUCCAGAUGGAGCUGCAGCAGAUCAUGAAGGGAAACUUCAGCUCCUUUAUGCAGAAGGAGAUCUUCGAGCAGCCCGAGUCUGUGGUCAACACCAUGAGAGGAAGAGUUAACUUCGAGAACAACACAGUGAUUUUAGGAGGGCUGAAGGACCACAUUAAAGAGAUCCAGAGAUGUCGAAGGCUCAUCAUGAUCGCUUGUGGGACCAGUUACCAUGCUGGAGUUGCAACUCGUCAGGUGCUGGAAGAACUGACUGAACUUCCUGUCAUGGUGGAGCUGGCCAGUGACUUCCUGGAUCGAAACACACCCGUCUUCCGAGAUGAUGUGUGCUUUUUCAUCAGCCAGUCAGGAGAGACUGCAGACACCCUGUUGGCUCUUCGCUACUGUAAAGAGAGAGGUGCCCUGACAGUCGGCAUCACCAACACUGUGGGCAGCUCCAUCUCCAGAGAAACAGACUGUGGAGUUCACAUCAAUGCUGGCCCAGAGAUUGGUGUGGCUAGCACCAAGGCGUACACAAGUCAGUUUGUGGCUCUCGUCAUGUUCGCCCUGUUGAUGUGUGACGACAGAAUCUCUGUGCAGCCGCGGAGACGGGAAAUCAUACAAGGCCUCCGAAUAUUACCAGAUCUAAUCAAGGAGGUGUUGACCCUGGACGAGGAGAUCCAAAAGCUGGCAGCUGAGCUGUAUCAGCAGAAGAGUGUCCUGAUUAUGGGCAGAGGUUACCACUACGCCACCUGCCUGGAGGGAGCUCUGAAAAUUAAGGAGAUCACGUACAUGCAUUCAGAGGGGAUUUUGGCUGGAGAGCUGAAGCACGGCCCACUGGCUUUGGUGGACAAACUCAUGCCUGUUAUAAUGAUCAUCAUGAGAGACCACACGUACACCAAGUGCCAAAACGCACUGCAGCAGGUGGUGGCGAGACAGGGCCGUCCAAUCGUGAUCUGCGAUAAAGAAGACAACGAGACCAUCAACAACUCCAGCCGCACAAUUAAAGUGCCUCACUGUGUGGACUGUCUGCAGGGCAUCCUGAGCGUCAUCCCUCUACAGCUGCUGUCCUUCCACCUCGCUGUUCUGCGCGGAUAUGAUGUUGACUGCCCAAGAAACCUGGCCAAGUCUGUGACUGUUGAGUAAAUGCUUCCUGACCAACACCCAAAACGCACACAAACACACACGCAUACACACAAAUACGGACUAUCAAAAAAAAAACAUGAAGGUAAUUGAAGAGUUUUCUACAUGUCAGCUUUCCUAUAAUAAUAAUCUCACCAAAGCUGAAAUGUAUUUCAAGGUAAUCGUAUCUCAUCUCCGAUUCUGGAAGCUUCAUAUCAUUGCUGUUGACUGGAAUGUGAUUAUUAUUAUUAUUAUUAUUAUUAUUAUUAUUAUUAUUUGUAUUAUUAAUAUUAUUUGUUAGUUACAUUUUUUUGUGGUGGCGUGGUAUGGGGUAGCUACACAGUGCAGCCUAUAACAUGUUUGUCUUAUGCUAUAUAUUAUUGUCUUAUGAUAUAAUAUUCGUUUGGCCCAGAUAGACUCCUACUGUAGGUGGUCGUUGUCAAAUACACAUGCAUUUGUGUAUCACAGAGUAACACGAGAGCCUCAGUACUCUACAUUAGCGGCUUUUCCCUAAAAAAAAAACAUAUACUACAUUUGUGGUACUGAAACCGAACUGUGAAUCAGUGCUUAGUGAUAGUUUGCACACUAUUUCGGUUAUCCGCUUUGCUGCUAUUUAAGUGGGUGUACUUGUUACUGAUUAGCAUAUUUAUCUCUGAAUGACCUUAUUUGGAAUGUCCUUUGCAUGUGGAUUUCUGAGGUUUGUAUUGCAGUUUUACAGUUCAUUAUCCGAGACGUUAAAACACGGAAGGAUGAAACAGAAGGCUAAUACUUUACAAUAAGGUUCUACACUUUUAUAUGUAUAUGUCAACCAUAAAUUAAAGGGAUAGCUCACCCAAAAAUGAAUCAUUUACUCUUUUUCGAGGUUUUUUUUUUAAGCUUUAUGAGUUUCUUUCUUCUGCUGACCACAAAAGAAGAUCUUUUGAAGAAUAAUACGGGACUAUAGAAGUCAGUGAGUGCCAGUUAUCAGCAUUCUUUGAAGUAUCUUCUUUUGUAGGUUUUAAACAACUGGAGUAAAUGAUGGCAGAAUUUUCAUUGUUGGGUAUACUUUCCCUUUAAGUCAGGGGUCACCAAACUUGUUCCUGGAGGGCCGGUAUCCUGCAGAUUUUAGCUCCAACCCUAAUCAAACACACCUGAAUAAGCUAAUCAAGGUCUUACUAGGUAUACUUGAAACACCCAGCCAAGUGUGUUGAGGCAAGUUGGAGCUAAACCCUGCAGGGACACCGGCCCUCCAAGACCGAGAUUGGUGACCCCUGCUUUAAGUGAUCAACAGUAUAUAUAUUAAUGAAUUUUAAACCAUUGUUGCAUUAACUAAUGAGGAUGAAUUGAGACUUGUUGUAAAGUGUUGCGCUAAAAUUGCAUAUUGUUCAUCUAGAAGCUUCUUUAAUUCAUUUAGCAAAGAAAUGAAUGAGAGACCCUGUCAGAAAUGAAGGCAAAGUAUCAAGUUUAUGAAGUUAAUGAAUGUGUCGUCUAAUCGUUUUAGUGAAGUUUCUAUGUGCUUCUGCCAAACUGUGUCAUAGAAAUCGUCAUGUCUACUUAGAUUUCAUGUAAGGAGAUCUACUGGACCAGUCAGCCAUUUUGAAAUCCAAUUAAAUGUUUACUAGGCUUAAAGCAACACUUUAUUAUAUAACUUUAUUUGGAAAUAUGCUCAUUUUAAUACUCCCAUAGAGUUAAGAAGUUUAGCUAUACACAUUUUUUAAUUGGUUCAGCCAAUAUCAGAGUCUAGCAGGAGCAGUUUAGCUUAGCUUAGCAUAAGUCAUUGAAUUAGAUAAGACCAUUAGCGUCUUGCACAAAAAUGUAAAAAAAAGAGUUAUGCUAGUUAAGUUUUAUGAAAUUUGCUAUUAUUAACACCAGAAUGAGAGUAUAGAUCCUAGUCUAGUCAUAUUGACCUAGAAAAUAGCGAGUUUUUAUUUUAAUUUGUCUAAUAUGUGUACAAUAAGUACAGAAGAUUCAAGUUUAAAAUAAAAAAAUUACCAAAAUAUAUGAUGCUAAUGGUCUAAUCCAAUUCAAUUAUUUAUGCUAAGCUAAGCUAAAAUCAGCUAAAUGGAUUAAAAAAUGGUAAAAGUCAGCUGUUUAACUCUAGGCGACUUGUAAAACAAAAAAGAAGGAGUGUUUCUUUAAUUAAGACAAAGAGAAUUUGCAUAUUAUGGUUUGAAGUACCAUCUUCGUUUACCAUAAAAGUUUAGUAAAUCUCUGAUGUUGCCGUCUCAACAUACUGUUUUUAUAGUUACUGUACGAGUGUCAGUUCUAAUCAGUUACUAAAAGGAAUCUACGAUAGAGUUAAGCAGUUUAGUUUUACACAUUUUUGAAUCCAUUCAGCCAAUAUCAGAGUCUAACAGGAGCACUUUAGCUUAGCUUAGCAUAAAUCAUUAGACCAUUAGCAUCUUCCACAAAACAAUUUAAAAAAAAGUGUUAUGUGAGUUAAGUGUUAUGAAAUUUGCUGUUUUCUAGCUCGAUAUGGCUAGGAACUGUACUCUCAUUCUUGUUUGAUAGCAAAGUUCCUAGAUUUUUAACACCAGAAUGAGAGUAUAGAUCCUAGUCUAGUCAUAUUGACCUAGAAAAUAACGAGUUUUCAUUUUAAUUUGUCUAAUGUGUGUACAAAAAGUACAGAAGAUUCAAGUUUAAAUAAGAAAAUUACCAAAAUAUAUGAUGCUAAUGGUCUAAUCCGAUUAAAUUAUUUAUGCUAAGCUAAGCUAAAAUCAGAUAAAUGGAUUAAAAAUGGUAAAACUCAACUGUUUAACUCUAGGUGACUUGUAAAACAAAAAAGGAGGAGUGUUUCUUUAAUUAAGACAAAGAGAAUUUGCAUAUUAUGGUUUGAAGUACCAUCUUCGCUUACCACAAAAGUUUAGUAAAUCUCUGAUGUUGCCGUCUCAAAAUACUGUUUUUAUAGUUACUGUACGAGUGUCAGUUCUAAUCAGCUACUAAAAGGAAUAGAGUUAAGCAGUCUAGUUUUACACAUUUUUUAAUCCAUUCAGCCAAUAUCAGAGUCUAACAGGAGCACUUUAGCUUAGCUUAGCAUAAAUCAUUAGACCAUUAGCAUCUUCCAAAAAACAAUAAAAAAAAGAGUUAUGUGAGUUAAAAGUGUUAUGAAAUUUGCUAUUUUCUAGCUCGAUAUGGCUAGGAACUGUACUCUCAUUCUUGUUUGAUAGCAAAGUUCCUAGAUUUUUACACCAGAAUGAGAGUAUAGUUCUUAGUCUAGUCAUAUUGACCUAGAAAAUAGCGAGUUUUCAUUUUAAUUUGUCUAAUAUGUGUACAAUAAGUACAGAAGAUUCAAGUUUUAAAUAAAAAAACGAUCAAAACUCUUCUUUUUUUUGGAGCAGAUGCUAAUAGUCUAGUCCGGUUCAAUUAUUUAUGCUAAGCUAAGGUAAAAUAGGCUAAAUGGAUUAAAUAAUGGCAAAAUUACACUGUUUAACUCUAGGUGAUUAGUAAAAUUAGCUCAUUUCCAAAAAGGGAGAGUGUUUCUUUAAUUAAGACAAAGAGAAUUUGCAUAUUGCGUUUUGAAGUACCAUCUCCGGUACCACAAAAGCUUAGUAAAUCUGUGACGUUGGUGUCUCAACAUACUGUAUCUGUAGCUACUGUACGAGUGUCAAUUAUAAUCAGUUACUGAAGUGAAUCUAAGAUACACCUCAACAGUGUACUUGAAGUAUAUAUAUGCAUGAAACUUUUGGCUUCCAAUCAUUGUUUCCAUUAUUAUGGAAAUCUCUGAGGCCUUGUUACAAAGGAGACUUUGAGUGUGUCUCCGGUUUACAGUAGUACUGCCAAAGAACGCAGGGGAAAACCAAGAACGUUAAUACAUGAGCCCCAUACUACGCCGCACUUUUGAUUGCUUCCAUGGGACCAUUUUCUUCUUUUAUUUCUAUUGGGUAUAGAAGGGUUAUAUUUUAUAUACUGCUUUAUUCGCAAUUAAAACGCCUAUGUACUUUGAUUUAUGUGUGAUUUUUAAACCUUAUUAUGUUCUACAUAAAAUCAACAUGAUUAAAGAUAUGGUCUGAAUCUUGUGUUUAAAGAGCCAGGAAUAUCUGCUAUUAAUGGCGAGUAACCAAAGGUUGAAGAAAGGUCAUAAUGAAGGUACAGUACAGUUCUAGAGCUAUAUAUGAUUCUAUUUUUGUUACUCAUGAAAAUGGGUGUAAAUAUUCCACAGACUUUAUUUGUAGCAUUGAUCUUUGGUCUGUGGAGCACUGAAGUGCACUGCAUCUUAAAUGCACCUUCAAGAUUUGUGGUAGCUUGUUUUUUUUUUUUUUUUCUAGAUCAGUUGUGCCAUCCUGAAAUUGGGUUUAAAAUUGCUAUUUUGUAGGCAUUUGUCACUGUUAAAGGUUAAAGCAUGUCAUGUGUUUGGGCAGUGUCAUCUGGAUUUAAAAUUAUGAUCCAAAAGUUAAUAAAACAUGUAGUCUUUCUAA